UAAAAACACCCUUUUCCACCAGUGCGGCUAUUUUCAUGAGAUCGCGCCCUGCUGACGUCACGCAUAAAGGCACCAUGAUCAACUGGAGGGCCCUGGACAACGUCCCCCUGCUCUUCUACAUCCUGGCCGCCAAGACGCUGCUGCUGUGUCUGGGCUUCGCCGCCGCCAAGGUGUUCCAGCGCCGGAGGGCCGAGGCAGAGCUGCGCCGCAGGGCGGAGACGCGCAGGAAGCUGGUGCAGGACACGCAGGAGCUGCUGGACAGCACCAAGGAGGACUGACCCUGACCCCCCCCAAAGCAGCAGGGCUGUGAUUGACUGCUUCGGAUGGAAGUGCUGCAGUGCCACCAGCAGGCGGAAGUGCUUGGAGCCCCAGAACGAGCGAGAGAGUCGUCCAGCCUGUUCGCUCACGUCUGUCGUCUUGUGCUGAAAGCCGUUUGUUGAUUUUACACUGUAUCUACUGUCUGACAUGCUACCAGCAGGCAGUGCAGUGGUUUGGGUCAUCCUUCCAUUAAAAGGCACAGGUUGGAGUCUUUGCUCUAUCAGCACCCUUGAAUCAACAGUCAAAAUUACCCUGCAGCAUAGUAAAUGGGGACAUUUCACAGUGUUGUAGCUUAGCGUACAAACCUCACAGGAGGCUGUAGGUGUAGAACUUGGAGCAGCAUGUGCACAUCAAAGUUGCACUUAAAUGCCCACAACAAACCUGGGUGCUGUGCACUAGCAGAGUGGGGUUUCUGGGUAAAAAUGUCCAGUAAACUUUAGCAUCAGCUUCUCAGGGCCUGUGAUGGUCCUCACUUGUGCUGCAGCCCCACAUUGGACAUUGAUAUUAAUGCGAUUGGUUCAUAUUUCUCAGCCCUUAAACAACUAGAGCCAAAAAUACACACUUGUUGGUGCUGCUGUGCCUGUAACGUUUCCCCUCAGCUCUUGAGCCUCAGCC